UCCCUAGUUAUAAACAACCUUACGAUUAUAUGUUUGCCACACAGAACCAUUAUGGAUAAUGAUUUUAUAAGGUCCGCUAAAAGAGCUUUAUCCGCGUUGCUUGAAAGUGCUCGUGGGGAAACGGAAAGCAAAAAUAUAUCUGAAGAAAUAUCCGAACCAAGAGCAAAACAAGUUAAACUUUUUCAAAAUGAGGACGAUUCUACUUCUCCAAAUAAACCAAAGGUUUUCUAUAAUCCAAUAGAUAAAAAUGAUUUUAUGCGUCGACUAGCAACUUUUAUGAUAUCCUUUUUGCUUUCGUUUUUUCCAGUAGAAUGUGCACGAUAUGGCUGGAUUAAUAUUAGUGAAGAUUUUCUCAAGUGUGAAUAUUGUGGGGAACAAAUGCUAGAGAAAAUGACAGUCCAAUAUCACGAAGGAUUAUCCAGCGCACAUGCAUCUACGUGCCCAUGGCGUGAACGUCAUUGUGAUGAUUUUAUAUACAAGAUUUCACUUUCACUGGAUCGAUCCCUUUUGAAGGAAUUUCAGACACGUGCAUUGCCUUUAAUACAACUAGGGGAUAAAUUACCGGUUAUAAAGGUUGAAGUAACUGAGGAGUAUGUAAAACUUAUAAUUUCCGUGAUGUCAAAUGAAGUAAAGAACAUUGGUCAAGAUAUUUUGACGUCUGCUAGUUGCUUGUCUUUGUUUGGAUGGGAAUACGAAUUAAUUGAGGGAUUAGAAAUGCUGAAGUGUCCGUAUUGUUUUCGUCAGUGUUCAUUAUCAAAUUAUCUGAAUAUAGCGAAGCAUAGGGAAAUUCAACAAAAACAAGAUAAAGAAAAUCUGCAAGAUGACGAGAGUGAUAAAAACGAACAGAAUACACAGGAUAUUGAAACUGAUCUUACAUUUGAUAUUGCAAACGAACAUCGAUGGUAUUGUGCUUGGAUCGCUGGGAAUGGAACACCAAUAGAAUAUGAAACUUCCGAUGAACAGAUGAAACAAAAAGCUGGAUGGCAAAUUACAUUAAACGGAAUCGCUAAUUGUAGCUUUCUUUUUAGCCCAAAGGAUGCAUCCGUUGAACUGGUCGAUUUUCGACUAAACGAAUUGCGUGAUAAUUUAUCUCCAUUCAAAAAAAUAACGCGAUGA